AUGAGCCUCGUGAGAACCACCCCAGCCGGAGCGCGGACCGGCAGGGUGGCCGGUGGCGGCGAGAGGGAUGCACCCAGGACAAAAGGAGCAAACGCGAGGGCAGGUACCGCGACGGGGGGACUCGUCGUGGGACGAAGACGUGCGGCGCAAGUGUGUGCGCGUGAGGCCACGGGUCAGACGCACAGCACUCGGCGGAGCCGGCCGCCGCAGGCGUGUGACAUGGACCCGGGUCCCCGCCGCCCGGGACGCCCAGCCAGGCUGCCGGAGCCCCUUCCCGGACGCCUGCACACCAGCCAUCGCCGGCCGGCACCGGGUGCCCGAGGGGAGAGCCGGCGGGGCGGCCCGCGGCGGCCCCUCUCCGCGCUCUCGGACAGCUGUCAGCCGGCCGGGGCUCGGGCACACUCCGGACGCCGCCUGGGGCCGGGCCCGCCGCCCGCGCGGACAAUGGCGCGGUCCCCGACCCCGGCGCGGCACCGGCCGUCGGCGGACGCGGCCGAGGCGUCCCGCGCGCACUCACCUGGGGCGUCGGCUCGGCGCAGCGCGGGCCCGCGGGCUGCGGACGACGCGGCGGGUGCGCCCAUUCAUUAG